CUCCAGAACCUGGUCAGUGGUCCGGGAAGAUGACGACCGCUUCCGGCCCUGCUACCUCGCGGAGACGCAGCUCCGGAGUUGCUGGGCGUAUUUUGUUGGGUCGGCGGCGUCAGGGAUCCGCUGCGGCGUGUCGUUGGCGUCGCCCGGCCCCUUUGCGCCACGCGGCAGGCAGCCCUCACAUUCCUGCCCCCUGGCUGGUCCGGGGUCCAGGCACUGAGUCAACGGCGGCUCCACAGGGCGCGCGCACCGGGCCGCAGCCGAUGCCCCGAGCGGACUGCAUUAUGAGGCAUCUGCCUUACUUCUGCCGCGGCCAAGUGGUGCAUGGCUUCGGCCGUGGCUCCAAGCAGCUGGGCAUCCCUACAGCUAAUUUUCCUGAGCAAGUGGUAGAUAAUCUUCCAGCUGAUAUAUCCACUGGCAUUUAUUAUGGUUGGGCCAGUGUUGGAAGUGGAGAUGUUCAUAAGAUGGUGGUGAGCAUAGGCUGGAACCCAUACUACAAGAAUACGAAGAAAUCCGUGGAAACACAUAUCAUGCAUACCUUCAAAGAGGACUUCUAUGGGGAAAUCCUCAAUGUGGCCAUUGUUGGCUACCUCAGACCAGAAAAGAACUUUGAUUCUUUAGAGUCACUUAUUUCAGCAAUUCAAGGUGAUAUUGAGGAAGCUAAGAAACAACUAGAUUUACCAGAACAUUUGAAAAUCAAAGAAGACAGUUUCUUUCAGGUUUCCAAAAGCAAAACAAUGAAUGGCCACUGAUGAAAAAUUGUAUUUAUUCAUUCACUGUUUUCUAGUGUUUCUGUGUUUAUUGCUGUCCAUUCUCAUCUUGGUUAUGUUUUAAGAAUCAAACACUUUCGUACAGUUGUGAAUUAAACAGUACAAUGUAGUUACCAUAUCAUGCUUCAACUUUUAAAUGAAGCCCAUCAUAUCAUAGCACUAAAAAGAUUCAUUUAAAAAUCAAGAUUCUAAAAAUACAUAUUGAUUAAAAUAUACCACUAGAAAGGUAUUACUUGUGUAUAAGUAUGGGUGAAAAGGCAAGUCACUAGUUUGAGAUGAAAUAUGAAAUUUUCAUGGUAAAAUACCAGCAUGUAUGUACUUCUAUAGUGUAUACUUCUAAACAAAGUAAAUGCAUUAAGGCCAAGUGCAGUGGCUUGCGCCUGUAAUCCCAGCACUUUGGGAGCCGAGGUGGGAGGAUUGCUUGAGUUCAAGACCAGUCUGGGCAACAUAAUGAGACCCCCAUCUCUAUAAAAAAACAAAACAAAAAGGAAAUGCAUUAUAUAGAAAAUUGAUAGUUUAUCAUAAACCUACAGGGAAGAAACCCAGACUUUGUAUUUUUGAUAUUUUGUGCAUUAAUAAAUUACAAACAUGAAGAUAUUUGUGAAAUUUUGUUUUAGCUAUUUUCUUUGAAGUCACAUCAUUGUACCAUCUUCAUUUUGUAUAAAGCUACUUCAGUUCUAAGUCCUCUGGACUUCCCCUAUCUGUUUUUUGUUGUUGUUGUUGAAGACAGUAAAAUAAGUGUUUUUAAAUCUGUAUGGCUCCUUUUUGUUGGAUAAUGCUUCUUCUUUUUAAAGGUAAAUAUUCUUGUUCUUCAACAUUUGUCUUUGUUUCUUUUUUCCUUUUUUAGGAAAAACAAAACAGAUUUUCAUCUUUAGUUUUCUCAAGAUUUAAGUGAGCACAUACUCAUUUACAUGUACCAAUUUUUUAAAGAACACAAUGUUUCCCUCACUAGCAAAAUUAUUUAAGAGCCAAUUAAACUAUGAAAUAAUUAGAAAAUUAUUUAUUUUUAAUAUUUAAGGCCUUGAAAUUAAUUUUGUUCCAAGGCAAAUCUAAACUUGUGUAGCUGUAUAUGUGCAAUAUAAUUUAAUGCUAGUCUAAAAAGUACUUGUAGCUUGAGAUAAAAGCAUAAAGUUUUAGUUAACUAGUCUUCAUACUGUGGAUUUUUCCUCCAAUUAACUAAUAUGUGGGAAAUUAAGAUUACAGAUUCCUUUGGGCCCUCUCAAAUAGUACAUUGCAUCAUUGUUCACUGUAGCAACAGAUUUGGUGGUGAUAGGAGAAUAGAGAUAGAAAUAUAGAGGGUAAUUUUAAAGUUAAUUAGUUAUGAAUCAUUUUCCCCUAAUCUGCAUAAAUGAAUGAGAACUGAUUUUAAUAAAAGUACUUUAUUUUGUGUAAAAAAGUAUUCAGAAAAACAUCUAAAGCUGUUGGAGAAGAGGGAGUCAUAAAUACAGUUGGAUUGUGUUUUACUUUUUAUUUCUUUAUAAAUGUCAAAAACAGUUUUUAAUGUUUGAAAUCCUAUACUUGAAAGAAACCUCAAUUAUCAGUGGCUUUAUGAGGCAAAGUUAACAAACAUGGGAAAUAUGAAAAUGUUUGUGUUUUGUCUGAAUACCUUGCUACUAAAUGCCCUCUUUAGGUGUGUGAAAGUUCGUUGAUAUGUUAUUGUCCCUUUACAUCUUGUUAAAUAGCCAUUGCUUCUGAGAAUCGGACUGUGUGGUGUUUGAGGGGUUAAUUGUGUCUAUAUAUUUUUUUAAUUUUAUAAGAAGUUACAGUAGUACCAUUUUGAUUAGUCUGAAUGUUUUCAGGCCUUGAAAUAAAUUUUGACUAAGUGAUA